AUGGUGGCAUCAAAAUCCACAAUGACCUGUCGAAGCCAUUUCACUCGCUCGUCUCUUUCGACCUCAGAAGAAAGCCAAGAGCCCCCAAAGAAAGGAUCCCUCAAAGGUUAUUCCAAGCUUGGAACACGUAAGGCAGUAUCAGAUGCAGACGAUGAUAGGAAUAAAAAGUCAGAUGAUGAGUACGAUCAGAAUCAAUUACAAGGGACAAAUAAACGAUCUAAAUCGUCUAAAACACCAGUGAGAAAAUCUUCGAGAAUACAAAUGCAAGAGCAAUUUCUAGAGCCUCAGAAAAAGAGAAAGGUCGCUACUGAGACACCCAAGUCAGCUAAACACGGCAAAUUCAUGAAAGUUGGAGAUGAAUAUGGGCGAAAGGUAUAUACCACUAGGUCGAAGACCAAAGUGAUUGAAGAUCCUCAAGUAAAUGUAAUCUCAGAUCCAGCUUCCCAAACCUCAAGUUCAUCGACUUCAUACGACCCUUCUUCCGAUAGCUACCGUCCUCAUGUAUCUCGAUUCUCGGGCCAAUCUUCCAGAUACAACGAAGAGCGAACACAAUCUAUCAGCGAUACAACUUUUGAUCAACCUUCAAGCAAGAACCCCGUUCUCGAUAUCAACACCGAAUCGUUGUCACUAGAAAUACAACAAAGUGUCUCUCGCGCACCCAACAAAAAGGAUCACGCCCAUCUUCCGUCAUUGGAAAUACCACACACCAGAGGAGGUAGUCAAUCGUUCGAGUCACCGCCACUUUCCUCCGAGAGAACUCAACAAACAAAGCUCGAAUGGUUCGACAACGAUUCCGAUCUCACUAGUCUUUCAGAUUACACAAGCGGGCAAUCAGAUUGCGGAAGUUCUGAGAUACAGAACCCAUUCAAAGACGAUGAUAUUGACCCCACGGAGGAGUUCAAUGAGGUUUGGCAUAGUGUUCAGGUACCUUGUCCAGUACAGUCAGAGCUCUCUCUUAACGACUGGAAAACUCGACUUAACGAAUCAGUCCAUUAUCCGUCUUAUCAAGAUCACCAAGAUUGGGAUUCACGUGAUCUGGCAGGAACGCCUCCGCCUUAUGACAAUCUAGACGAUCUUCAAGAAGAAGAAGUUAGAGGAUUAGCCCAGCAGCAGGAAGAAGGAGAGGAGGAGGAGAAAUGUGGAGUUGGUUCAGCAGUCAGACAUAGCCUUGAUACUGUUCCGUCAUUGACACACCCAGGACGAGACGAUAGUAUAGAGGUAAAUGACACGAUGGAGCAUGAUCAAGCGGCAGAACCUGAAGUUACGGAAGGGGACAAGAACAUACAAAGGCUAAAUAAUCUGAGCGAACCGGGGGCUCAGCUUCCAGUUGAAUCACAUACCGGCGACCAAACAAUGGACAGUGAAGGACAGUAUCAUUCAGAGAAUCCCAAAGAUGCGAACGAAAUCGAUUUCAAUUAUGAAGAAAUAGCCCCCUUAGAAAGCUUAAUAGAGAAUUGGACUCCAUUGUCGUCUCCGUCUUCGGGUAUGAAGCAAACCCCUCCUAACGAACAAACUCUCGAGGAUCACAUAGCUGCCCAUUUCGCAAAAAAUGCUCAAGAUGACGAGAUAAUCGCCAUGUCUGAGCCCAUGAAAGAUGAGGAGAUCGCUUCGCAAGAUACUAAUCACAACAGUGUUCCAUCGCUAGUCAUCACAGAUCAAGACGGUCAUGAGGUUCCACUUCUUCCUAAAGACGUAGAUGGAGAAGCAGAACAACGUCAUGCGGAUCCUGAUGUAAUUAACCUAUUAUCUUCCGAGCUCACGCCUAGGCUUCCAAAGCCUGACCUACUUCACCAUCCCUAUAAUCCUGCCCAAGAAGAAAUGCAUGUCGAAGAUAUCGAAGAGAUGCUUUUUAACGUCAAUAAUGACACAGGAGACAGGGAUGAGGUCAACAGCCCUCAAUGUCGUCAUCUGGCAAGCACAGCCACUUCUGCACCACACCUUGUCACUGGUGCAUCAAGUAAUCAAGAUACACAAAACUCACCUUUGACAUCCCCGGAACCAUCUUCGAAUACGGCCAAAUAUUGGUCCACUGUAUUGGGGAUAAGUCCAGGAACUUCAAAGAUGUCAAUCUUGUCCUUAACAUGUCAAUUCAUAAAUCACUUACCUACAUUUGGUUUUGAUGCAAUGACCGGUUUACCCAAUAACUCUCCUGCAUCAAUCAUGAAAUGGCCUACCCUAUCAACUUAUAGUAACACUGAAUCCUCAAUCACACCGCUCAGACUAUCUCGUCCGGUUGGCCGACAAAAAGUUAGAUUCUCACCUUAUAUUCAAUUGGCGAUUGUCCCUCGAUUCUGUGCAGAACCUGUAAUCCGUGUCCCAACACCCGCAGCAACGGAGAAACCCAUCUCUAUCCCCACACUGUGUCCCAAUAGAAAGAGGGGUCGUCCAGCCAAAACGAGGAAGACAUCUUCUUGA